CUCCUUCUUACGACAACGAUCACAUUGACUUCAUUGGACAUUCGAGAAUCUCGCCAACAAUAGGCAUCUCGCCAAAAUGGACGUGACCAAAGCGAUAUCCGCAUAUAUCGAGCGCAUCAUUGGCACGGUUUCGGGAAUGAAAGUUUUGUUAUUGGAUGCUGAAACGACACCAAUCAUUUCUACUUCAUUAACGCAAUCCUUUCUGCUGGCACAUGAAGUUUACCUGACUGAUAGGAUAGACAACACCUCAAGAGAUCGAAUGCGGCAUUUGAAUUGCAUCGCUCUAAUACGACCUACAUCACAAAGCAUCGAAGCGAUCGAACGGGAGUUACGACAACCAAAAUAUGCGAGUUAUGCAUUAUUCUUUACCAAUGUUUUGAAGAAGAGUGAGAUUGAAAGGUUGGCAGAAGCUGAUGAACACGAUGUCGUGAAAGAAGUGCAAGAAUAUUUCGCCGAUUACGUUCCCGUCAAUCCUUCUCUGUUUUCGCUCAAUUAUACAACCCCGCCUUCUCGUCUUUGGUCCAAUUCGUCAAAUGAAUGGGAUCCGAAAGCACUCGAUAGACACACGAAUGGCUUGAUCGCCGUUCUGUUGAGCUUGAAGAAGAAACCUGUCGUACGGUACGAACGGAUGAGUGCACUGGCGCGAAAGCUUGGAGAAGAGGUACACUACAAGAUGCAAUCAGAAUUACCUUCGCUAUUCGAUUUCCGCAGAACGGAUGCCUCUCCAGUGCUACUCAUCCUUGAUCGUCGAAAUGACCCUGUGACGCCAUUGUUGAGCCAAUGGACGUAUCAAGCGAUGGUACACGAAAUGAUCGGAAUCAAUAAUGGUCGUGUCAGUCUAGCAGGGGCAGAAGGUGUUCGACCGGAAAUGCGAGAAAUCGUACUUUCUGCCGAUCAAGACCCUUUCUUUAGCAAUAACUUGUACGAUAAUUUUGGUGAUUUGGGUGCUUCUAUCAAGAAAUACGUAGAAGAUUAUCAAGCAAAAACACAAUCUUCAGCAAAAAUUGAAACGGUUGCGGAUAUGAAGAGAUUCGUAGAAGAAUAUCCGGAAUUCAGAAAAUUGGGAGGAAAUGUAUCAAAGCAUGUUAGUCUUUUGGGCGAAUUGAGUAAAAGGGUGGAAAAUGAGAGCUUAUUGGAAGUUAGUGAAUUGGAACAAAGUUUAGCAAGUAACGAAAGUCAUUCGGCGGAUCUACGGAAUCUGUAUACCCUUUUGGAUUCGAAAAAGGUCAAGCCAGAUGCAAAGCUACGAUUGGCGAUCCUGUAUGCGCUACGGUAUCAAAAGUAUUCGGGUAAUGAGAUUGCCAAUGUGGUCAAAAGAUUAUUACAGGCCGGACUACCGGAAUCGAGAGCUGCUUUGGUAUUUGUAAUGCUGAAUCUUGCCGGUGCAGAACAAAGACAAGAUGAUCUGUUUGCCAAUGAAAACUUCUUUUCACGAGGAAAGAGUGCAUUGAAAGGAUUAAAAGGUGUUGAGAAUGUAUACACACAACACUCUCCCCAUCUAUUACAAACGAUCGAAAACCUAAUGCGUGGAAGACUAAAAGAGACAAGUUAUCCUUAUGCAGGCGGAUCACAACCUCCUCCGAUUACGCAAAAGCCGCGGGAUGUGAUUGUAUUUAUAAUUGGUGGAACAACAUACGAAGAAGCCAGAACGGUUGCUUUGACAAAUUCACAAGAUACUGCUGGUCCAGGUCAAGGAGCAAGGUUUUUGUUAGGCGGAACAACUGUUCAUAAUUCACAAUCUUUUCUUGAUAUGGUUCAAGAUGCUGCUUCUCAAUUUCCUUCUUCUAUCACCCGUCCACCUGCUGCAAGCGCUUCAGGUCAAGCUCUCAACUUGAACAUUGGUCCUGUUCAAUUGGCCGUUGGCGGAAGAAAUAGCUCAGAUAAUCAAAGAACAGCAGGGGCAGCAAACAGUUCUGGCGGUCAGAUAGCUUUGGGUGGAGCUGGUGGCUUGUUGGAUCCAGGUAGAAUGGGAGAAGCAGCAGAAGGAGCAAGAGAUUUAGCCCAAGGUUUAUUUGGCAGACUAAAGGGUGCCGUUGAUAAUAUCAAUCUACAAGGAUAAAUGUACACAAAUAGAGUUAACUUAUUAAAUCUUUAACUUGUCAGAC